AUCCACGCUUUCUUUUGUACAGUACGUGGCAAAACAGAUGGCAGCUCACGGGAACUUUAAAAUGUUAGCUUUAUAUAGUGGAAUGGAGUUAAAAAUGCUUACACUAUCAUGAGAGGUGGAAAAUAGUCAUAGUUCAUAAGCCAGCUGAAUCUAAUUUUGCCCUGGCUAAUGUGCACUGACUGAUCUAUGCAGCAAACAUUGCAACAAGUCAUCACGUGAUCCAGGAGAACAGGAAGUUCGAACCCAGAAAUCCUUUAUUUCGGAGCAAAGUGCACGAACCUAACCUCCCCUCAUUUCAAACUCCUAAAAGAUGCCUUGAAUGCGGACGUUGCUGAGGGACCUGCUUUGUGUAUUGUACUUUGUUACACUGUUAAUUAAAUCUAGCUGUUUUGAGACUCCCUGGUCGGAAGGAGCUCUCUGGACUGCUAGUUGUUUCAAUUCACCUUCACUCCGCUGCUGCUGAUAUACCCUGAAUGGAUUAAAUUUACUUCAAUAUGGAAUAAUGUAAACAAAUGCCAAACUUAUUCCUGAGAAGCAUCACCAAGCUGCUGAAAUGAUGCCGUUGUGGAAGAUUCUAGUCAAACGAAUCGUCUAUACGUUUAGUUUCUGACAAUUUUAAAAACACAAGAUGGAAUCAAAGGAGUGCAUCAUGGAAGCCAAAGUCAACAGUUUGCAGAGAUGCCUCGACAGUAUUUACAAGGUUAUUAGAACUGCAAAUGAUACCUUGUGUGCCAUCAGCAAGCCGUCAGUGUGCAGUGAAGUGUUGCUGUCUCCACAAGGAAUCGCUUAUAUCUCAGGUGUUGCUGAGGUGUACCGAGUGGCGAAGAGAGUGCAAGGUGGAAUGAUGUCUCUAAGUAUUAGUACUGAAACACUGCAAAAGAGUUUGAGGGACAUUGAGAUAAUCUGGAACAAUGUGCAGGCUUUCAUCUCAUUUAACCCUUCCGUGUUACGAAUGAUGUUUGAUAUUCUGCAGCCUACUGAAUCUGCACUGGACAGUUCAGCUAUAACAGCUUCAGAAAAUGCACAGAGUGAAACCUGUGGAGUAUGUCUGCUCAGAACACCGAAUGAGCCUAAUGACUUCAAUGAUACAGAACAAUCAAUUCUUCAUAAUGGAUGCUAUUACCAUGCAAGUUGUGCAAAUUUUUGGCUAAACUGUGUGGACUCAAACUUACCUGGUCUAAUUGCCAUGAAGGAAAAUUCUGAGGACUUGAAUUUGGAAGAGCUCUCAGUUCGUGGACAAAACUGCUCGGACACUAAUCCUAAAGACUUUACUGUUCCUGUAACUCAAUGACUGUAAAUUGUAUUCAUUCUCUGAGACAGUGCAUUUGUUUCAGAGUGAAUGGUUUUGUCAAAGUUGCCCUGCAUUAUGUGCCAAGAGUUAUGUUAAUGUGGCUUAUAGAUUUUAACUGUAUGACAAGUGAUCUUUCAAGAGGCCUUCCUAGUCUGUAAAAUGUUAACUUUUCUAUGAAAAAAAACAGAUACAAUAGCA